AUGUAUUUGAUCAGAGUUGAUCAUUUACCUCUUGACAUCGCCCUUUCUUUCGCUCUCCCUCAAACGCUAUGUAUCUUUUCCCAAACCUCGUUACCCACACCCUCACUACGAACUUCAUUAACUGGAUUACACUCCUCUACUUCAAUGGAUCUUUUUAGAAUAAAAUUGAACGACUACAUUUCAACAUCGAUAGAUUUUAAUUCAUGUGUUAGACAAGGUUGCAAUUUAUCUGGAGUACUAUUUAUCAUUUGUCUUGAACCACUAUUGCAUCGCAUUCGUUCAAAUCGCACAAUUUUAGGUGUAUUACCCCCUGGAGGCCAAUUUGAAACUAUCCGUAACACAUUCCUCACAGAGAACGAUCAAAGAAAAGAUGUAGAGCAAGUUAGAAUUAAAACUAUUGCUUAUGCCGAUGAUGUUAACACAAUUGUACGAAAUUUUCGAGAAGAAAAAUUAACCAUGGACAUAUUUGAGUUGUAUAGCGUUACUUCAAGUGCUGAAGUUAAUAGUAUGAAAAUCGAGAUACUAUGGAUAUCGGAUUGGUGCACGUUCUUGAGCGCCCCAAUCGAUACAACAGGGAAAUUACCGCAACCUGAAUUAGAAAAGAAACUAAACGUCAUCAAGCAGUAA